ACGGAGCGGCCAAAUGAGGAGAGGAGACAAUACAGAAACGGAAAUUCGCAUCUAGUAUUUUUCUUUACUUUCCCCCACCCUAUUCUCUUUUUAAGACAUGAUUACAGAGUUGGUGUGUAGCGCGGUGGCAUUGGUCCUCUAUCUCAACACACUGAACGCGGAUUUCUGCUACGAUGACAGCCGUGCGAUCAAGACCAACCAGGACCUUCUCCCCGAGACCCCGUGGACCAACGUCCUGUAUGAUGACUUCUGGGGCACCCUGCUCACCCACAGCGGCAGCCACAAGUCUUUCCGACCCCUCUGCACCCUCUCUUUCCGCCUCAACCUCGCCCUGGGCGGCCUGCGCCCCUGGGGCUACCACCUGGUCAACAUGGGCCUCCACGGGGCUGUCACAGGCCUUUUCACUGCCCUCUGUCGCCCCCUCCUGGGGGGAGGUCCGUGGAGUCUUCUGGUGGGGCUCCUCUUCGCCUCCCACCCGGUGCAUACGGAAGCCGUGGCGGGGGUGGUGGGGAGGGCCGACGUCGGUGCGGCACUGCUUUUCCUCUUGUCUCUUCUCUGUUACACAAGGCACUGUGGGCUCCGCUCGGCCUACACGGCCUCUUCUAGGGACUGCCAGACCAGGGGCUGUGGUAGACUCCGAGCCUGGACGUGGAUGUGGCUGCUGGGGAGCCUGGUCUGCGCAGCAUCCAGCAUGCUGUGGAAGGAGCAGGGAGUGACGGUGCUGGCCGUAUCAGCGGCUUACGACCUCUUUGUGUUCCAGCGGCUCCGGUUCCGCCAGGCGGUGGUCGUGCUCCUGGGGAAGGUAAACAACAUUGCCCUCUGUUUACAAAGUGCCACUCCUCUUUGUGUCUCUGCGUGUAUCCAAUUUCCUCUUCCCCCUACGGAGGGGAAACCUCAGCCGACCACAAAUGGUUCCUGUCCCUCCUCUCCCAUGGCACCCCAGUCCUCCUCUACCAUGGCACCCCAGUCCUCCUCUCCCAUGGCACCCCAGUCCUCCUCUACCAUGGCACCCCAGUCCUCCUCUACCAUGGUACCCCAGUCCUCCUCUCCCAUGGCACCCCAGUCCUCCUCUACCAUGGCACCCCAGUGCUCCUCUCCCAUGGCACCCCAGUCAUCCUCUCCCAUGGCACCCCAGCCCUCCUCUCCCAUGGCACCCCAGUCCUCCUCUCCCAUGGCACCUCAGUCCUCCUCUUCCAUGGCACCCCAGCCCUCCUCUACCAUGGCACCCCAGUCCUCCUCUCCCAUGGCACUCCAGUCCUCCUCUACCAUGGCACCCCAGUCCUCCUCUCCCAUGGCACCCCAGUCCUCCUCUCCCAUGGCCCCCCAGCCCGCCUCCUAA